GAUGUGUGUGUGAGAUCUAACCCGGCUCUGUUCGGGUCUCUGGUCUCUGUUGUGGAUCUGUUCGGUCCCUCCAGGUCCAGGCUCGGACCGACAUGAGGCGGGAGUUGAACCGAGAGGGACCAGACUGAAUGAAGAGAUGGAGAAACUACUGAGUCAGUCGAUGUGUGUGAUGGUGAUGGUGAUGGUGAUGGUGAUGGUGAGCGGACGAGUUUCUCCGGCAGAGUUAACCUGUGAAACUCUGAUCCUGCUGUCGACCAACCUGACAGCGAGGACGUUGGCGUUCCUGAACCAGACGUUCAGCAUCAGUAACUCCUCAGGUGUGUAUUGUGAUCUGUCUGUGGACGGUAUAGGAACCUGUUGGCCUCGCAGUACAGCAGGAGACCUGGUCUCCAGACCCUGUCCUGAACAGUUCAACGGCAUCCACUAUAAUACCACCAACCGGGUGUUCAGAGAGUGUCAGUCUAACGGCAGCUGGGCUCCUCGAGGAAACUACAGUCAGUGCACCGAGAUCAUCGUCCUGAGGAAGAGUAAAGUUCACUAUCAGGUCGCUGUGAUCAUCAACUACCUCGGUCACUGCAUCUCUCUGGGAGCGCUGCUGCUGGCCUUCACCAUCUUCAUGAGACUCAGGAGUGUUCGCUGUCUGAGGAACAUCAUCCACUGGAACCUGAUCUCAGCGUUCAUCCUGAGGAACGCCACCUGGUUCAUCGUCCAGUUAACCAUGAACCCGGCUGUUACCGAGAGCAACCAGGUGUGGUGCAGGUUGGUGACAGCAGCUUAUAAUUAUUUCCAUGUGACAAACUUCUUCUGGAUGUUUGGUGAAGGUUGUUAUCUCCACACGGCCGUCGUCCUCACCUACUCUACCGACAAGCUCAGGAAGUGGAUGUUCAUCUGCAUCGGCUGGGGUAUUCCGUUUCCCAUCAUCGUGGCGUGGGCUUUCGGGAAGCUUUACUACGACAACGAGAAGUGCUGGUUUGGAAAGAGGGCGGGUGUUUAUACGGACUACAUCUACCAGGGUCCCAUGAUCCUCGUCCUGCUGAUCAACUUCGUCUUCCUGUUCAACAUCGUUCGCAUCCUGAUGACCAAACUGAGGGCGUCCACCACCUCUGAGACCAUCCAGUACAGGAAGGCGGUGAAGGCCACCCUGGUGCUGCUGCCUCUGUUAGGAAUCACCUACAUGUUGUUCUUUGUGAAUCCUGGAGGAGAAGACGAGGUCGCUCAGAUCGUCUUCAUCUACUUCAACUCCAUCCUGGAGUCCUUCCAGGGUUUCUUUGUCUCUGUGUUCUACUGUUUCCUCAACAGUGAGGUUCGGUCUGCGGUCAGGAAGCGUUGGAUUCGUUGGCAGGACCGCCACUCCUUCCGGAGCCGGGCGGUGCGCGCCACGUCACUCCCCACCUCGCCCAGCAGAGUAUCCUUCCACAGCAUCAAGCAGUCCUCCAACCUCUGACCUCUGACCUCCGACCUCCAGCCUCCGACAGCGUGUCUCUGUUGGAACUCCAGUCCGUGAUGUGACUCCAGUCCGUGAUGUGACUCCAGUCGGCCAAUCAGAGGUUGUAUUUUAUGUCGGGACCUGAUUCAGAUCAGACGGCCAAUCACAGUGCAGGACACAGUUUUGUGGAUCCAAUCAGAUGUCGAUAUGUCAGUCAGGACCCGCCCCUCUUCAUGUGCUGACCAAUCAGCUGCUUCCACAGUCCUAUCAGGCAGCUGGACUGUGUUCACGUUCUAUAAUCAAGUUGAUUUAUUUAUUGAUGAGUUUAUCAGUGUUUCUAUUAUUGAUCACCAGCUUUCCUCCUGUUGAACACGUCUAACAACACACAGCGCUGAGUCAUCAGCUGCAGCACCAACUCAAACAAUCAUCCGCUGCUCGCCCGCCGGCGUCUCAAUGUCUCAGCGUCUCAACAUCUCAGCGUCUCAGCGUCUGAACGUCUCAGCGUCUCAACGUCUCGACAUCUCAACGUCUCAACAUCUCAACGUCUCAACAUCUCAACGUUUCAACAUCUCAACGUCUCAACGUCUCAACAUCUCAACGUUUCAACAUCUCAGCGUCUCAACGUCUCGACAUCUCAACGUCUCAACAUCUCAACGUCUCAACAUCUCAACGUUUCAACAUCUCAACAUCUCAACGUCUCAACGUCUCAGCGUCUCAGCGUCCGAACGUCUCAGCGUUUCCUGCUGAGCUGCAGAAUGAUCCUAAAACUUGAUGUGCAGAAGUUACCUUCAAAUGUUCCUAAACAUCGCUAACGUCCUUCUACUGCUGUAACUAGCACGUUAAUAUGAGAACAAAACUAACAUAACAUGGCUGGUUAGCUCAGUCGGUAGAGCGAGCGCCCAUGUAUGGCCAAGGCUCAGUCCUAGCCGCGGUGGACCCGGGUUCGAAUCCAGCCUGUGGACCUUUCCGCAUGUCAUCUCUCUCUCCCCCUUUCCAAGACUCUAUCCACUGUCCUAUCAAUAAAAUACUUAAAAAAUGCCCCCAAAAAAUAACUUCAAAAAAAAACAAAAAAAAAAACUAACGUAACAUGAGACUUUAGAUGGCUAUAGAUGGCUACCGUUGGCUACAGAUGGCUACCGUUGGCUACCGAUGGCUACAGAUUGCUACCGAUGGCUACCGUUGGCUACCGUUGGCUACCGAUGGCUACCGAUGGCUAUAGAUUGCUACCGAUGGCUACAGAUUGCUACCGAUGGCUACGGAUGGCUAUGGAUUGCUACCGAUGGCUACCGUUGGCUACCGAUGGCUACAGAUGGCUAUAGAUUGCUACCGUUGGCUACCGAUGGCUACAGAUGGCUACAGAUGGCUAUAGAUUGCUACCGAUGGCUAUAGAUUGCUACCGAUGGCUACCGUUGGCUACCGAUGGCUACCGUUGGCUACCGUUGGCUACCGAUGGCUACAGAUGGCUAUAGAUUGCUACCGAUGGCUACCGUUGGCUACCGAUGGCUACCGAUGGCUACCGAUGGCUACAGAUGGCUACAGAUUGCUACCGAUGGCUACCGAUGGCUACAGAUGGCUAUAGAUUGCUACCGAUGGCUACCGUUGGUUACCGAUGGCUACAGAUUGCUACCGAUGGCUACGGAUGGCUAUGGAUUGCUACCGAUGGCUACCGUUGGCUACCGAUGGCUACAGAUGGCUAUAGAUUGCUACCGAUGGCUACCGUUGGCUACCGAUGGCUACAGAUGGCUAUAGAUUGCUACCGAUGGCUACCGUUGGCUACCGAUGGCUACAGAUGGCUACAGAUGUUUUUUUGGUCACUAUAACAACAUCUGAAGUAACAGAGUAACAGAUUCUGUUGAUGCAACAAAAAACAACAAAAUCUAAGAAUUUAUCUUUAAUAUGUUGAUGACGUGUUUUUAUACUUUUACUAUUUGCACUUUCCAUGAGAUGGACACUGUACAGUAUUAUAUAUAAAUAUACAUAUAUAUAUAUAUAAAUAUAUAUAUAUAUAUAUAUCAUAAAUUGUAAUUGUUGUUGUGCACAUUUGCACUCUGCAGAGUUAGCUGUAAAGCUUAACUUAAGUUAAAAUGGCCAGUUUAGGGCCCCAUAGGUAACCACAGUAACCACAGUAACCACAGUAACCACAGUAACCAUAGUAACCAUAGUAUAGUAAUACCUGUAGGUCUGUGUAGAGGGGAGAAACUCAGGAUGUGUGUGUGUGUGUGUGUGUGUGUGUGUGUGCGUGCAUGCGAGCGUGCGUGAGUACUAAUUAAGCUAAAAGUUCAUAUCAGUGGCAUUAUUUAUUAGCUGGGUAAAUCUUGAUAAAUAGGCGAUUUAAAAACGUAAAUUUUUCUAUAUAUUGAAUUUAUAAUAAAAUCUGAUUAAAAUCCGAUUUGUAAUCUGAGAUGUUUCAGUGAGGAGCGCUUGGUUUGUCCAGCAGACACUUGAAUAAAUCCUGUUUAAUGAGAUAUUGUACAUUUCCAUGUGACUCUUCUGUAUCUACUGAUGUCUGAUAUCUAAUAAAUGAAUUCAUAACGAGA